CCUCUGCCAACAACGGUCUUCGCAAAAUGACUGCUGAAAGAACAAACGUUAACGUUGCUAUCAUUGGUACUGGUACCAUUGGUAGUGAGCUUUUGAACCAAAUCAAGGACUUCAAUAUCAAGGCCUCUCAAAAUGGUACUCCUUCCUUCAACGUCGUCGCCAUCACCAGCACAAGAGGCUACUACAUUUCUAAGGACUACAAACCCAUUGAUUUGACCCAAUGGAGAAGUUUGCAUGCCCAAAACCAAGGUGCUCUUUCCAUUGACAUUUUGCUCGACUUCCUUUCGAAUUCUCCUCUUCCUGCCAUCAUGGUUGACAACACUUCUUCUGAGCUCGUCGCUUAUUCUUACCCCAAGUUCUUGUCCAAGAAGAUCAGCAUUGCUACUCCUAACAAAAAGGCUUUCUCUGCGAAUGCCGAGGUCUACAACUCUUUAGUUGAGGCUACCAAGAGAAGCGGUGCUCAUUUGAUGCACGAAGCUUCUGUUGGUGCUGGUCUGCCCAUCAUCUCCACACUCAAGGAACUCAUUGCUACUGGUGACGAGAUCCUCAAAGUUGAAGGUAUCUUUUCUGGCACUUUGUCUUAUAUUUUCAAUGUUUGGUCUCCCAAUGGUAAGAAGGGCACUGCCUCUUUCUCUGACAUCGUCAAGAUCGCUAAAGAAAAUGGCUACACCGAACCAGAUCCUCGUGAUGACUUGAACGGUAUGGACGUUGCACGCAAAGUCACUAUUUUGUCUCGCAUUGCCGGUGUUCAGGUUGAGUCUCCCAGUUCCUUCCCUGUCAAGUCUUUGAUUCCUAAGCCUUUGGAAUCUGCUGCUAAUGCUGAUGAGUUUAUGGCUGGUUUGCCCAAUUAUGAUACUGAAUUUGCCAAGAUCCGUGAAGAAGCCGAUAAGGAAGGGAAGGUUGUCCGUUUCGUUGGUGAGGCUGAUGUUGUCAAUAAAUCUACCUUGGUUAAGCUUGAAAAGUAUGACGCUUCUCAUCCUUUUGCCAACCUUCAAUCUUCUGACAACAUUAUCGCUUUCACUACAAAGCGCUACCAAGCCCGUCCUCUCGUCAUCAUUGGUGCUGGUGCUGGUCCCGCUGUCACUGCUGCUGGUGUUCUUGGUGAUAUGAUUAAGAUCAUGAGCCAGGUUCGUACUCGCGAUGCUCCCAGCGCUUAAACAACUAACUCUGGAUGGUGAUAUUUUGGAUUUUACUUAGAUUUUGAAGAAAUUAAAAAUGUGCGUAUAAUGGUUCAUUCGUUGUACCUGGAUUCCAAUGGAAUUUUUAAUUUGCUGUAAUCAUAAAAUCUUUACUGGUUUUAGCUUUCUUUCUCUAAUCUCUUCAUGAUGUAAAUUCAACAUGGAGUGAAAGCUAUGCCAGCAAUUGUCAUUCAAUUUUAUUGGCUUAACAAGAUAAGAGAAAGCAACCAAAUAAAAAUAAUCUGUAAACUGU